UCGUACAUUAUAAAUUUAGCAUUGAUUAUUUAACAGGUGGAUGAACAUAUACCGACACAAGUCAAGGAAAUCAAAUAUGGAUAUCUACAGUUUAUGUUUAUGUUUAUGUUGUGUAUUUUUGUCUGCUGCACAACGGUACGAACCAACAUGGGAAUCUCUCGAAAGCAGACCACUUCCGUCAUGGUUUGAUGAAGCUAAGCUAGGUAUUUUUAUGCACUGGGGAGUGUUUUCUGUUCCUAGUUAUAGUGCAGUUUGGUUCUGGAAUAAUUGGAAAAAUGGAAAUAAAGACAUUAACAAUUUUAUGAAACGUAACUAUCGACCUGGUUACACGUAUGCUGACUUUGCAGCAGAUUUCAAAACAGAGUUCUAUGAUCCAAAACGAUGGGCUGCUAUAUUACAGGCUUCAGGGGCUAAAUAUGUUGUUCUAGUUUCGAAACAUCACGAGGGCUUCACAAAUUGGCCCUCAAAUUAUUCAUGGAACUGGAAUUCUUACGACACUGGACCACAUAGAGAUCUCGUCGGUGAACUAGCUACUGCAGUUCGGGAGACAACAGAUCUUCGAUUUGGUCUAUACCAUUCCCUGUAUGAAUGGUUCAAUCCGUUAUAUCUGAAGGACAAAGAAAAUAAUUUUACAACUCAAGAUUUUGUAAAAAUGAAAACAAUGCCAGAACUAUAUGAACUUGUGAAUCGAUAUAAACCAGAAGUAAUUUGGUCAGAUGGCGACUGGGAAGCAUCGGAUAGUUACUGGACGUCAAAGGAAUUCAUCGCUUGGCUCUACAAUGACAGCCCUGUCAAGGAUACUGUUGUCACCAAUGAUAGAUGGGGGCGUGGCGAUAUGUGCCACCAUGGGGGAUAUCUUACAUGCAGCGAUAGGUAUAAUCCUAAAACUCUCCAGAAAAGAAAAUUUGAAAACCCAAUGACGAUAGACAAAAAUCACUGGGGAUUCCGAAGAGAGGCAAAUAUUGAAGACUUUUAUACAUCAAGAGAACUGAUUGCUACAUUUGCACAAACUAUAAGCUGUGGUGGGAAUAUGCUUAUGAACGUUGGACCAACUAGCUAUGGAACAAUCCAACCAAUCUAUGAAGAAAGACUUCUACAAUUUGGAAAAUGGAUGAAAAUAAACGAGGAAGCAAUAUAUAAGUCAAAGCCAUGGACAACACAACAAGAUAACGCCACGAAUGCAUGGUAUACAAUGCAAAAAACGACGAGUGGAACCAACGUGUAUGCCAUUUUACUUGACUGGCCUGAUAAAAACUAUUUGUAUUUGAAUGCACCUGUGGCCAGUACCAGCACUUCUAUAACGAUGCUAGGAUAUUCAGGUUAUUUUAGUUACUCAGUAGUGCAAUCCUCCGGGAUAAAUAUAACACUACCAGUCAUAUCAUUCUCAAAGAUACCAAGUACUGAUGCGUGGGUUUUUAAAUUGACUGAUUUAAAGAACUGAUUCUGUUGUAAUAAAAGUAAAAACUUGAACCUUAGUGCCUCUGGUUAUUAAUGACGUCGAAUGAUCAUUUUAGGAGAAAAAGACAGAUACUCAUUACUUUCAGACAUAUAUAAAAACAUACAAAUAUAUCAAGGGAUUUGUGAUGCAAUUAAUUUUGAGUGCAACUAGAUAUUAGCUUAAAGCUUAUUAAUUUAUUAUUACUAAAGUAACUAGUGUUAAUUUUUCUUUCCAUUUUUGCAACAAACUAUUCAUGUUAUUUUAUUAGCUUCUAUUUUUUAUAAUAUUUGUGUUUAUGCUUACUUUUUCAUCGUGUAUUUCAACUUUGUACUUCUUCUAGUUUAAUAGAUAUUUUGAGUUG